AUGGACGAGAUCGCGGCGCUGCGAGACACAUUCGGUGACCGCAAACCCCCCGAGAUCAGCAGGAAAAUUACGGCCUGCGUUGCUUGUCGGAAGCAGAAGAUUAAAUGCCAUAUGAAAGCAGACGGCCAGCCGCCAUGCACGCGAUGCUCCAAGCGGGGCCUGCCCUGUACCGUCAACCGCAGCCUGCAGAUGCUGCUAGAGGACGACAUUACAUGGAAGCACGGAAUUACAGAGAAGAUCCGCAGACUGGAGGGCGUCACGAAUGAACUGAUGGCUCGAGUACCUGGGCCUGCUAUCCAGCCUCCUGCACAGCCCAAAGACCAGACAAGACCAGAGCAGACAAGACCAGUGCGUAGAGAAGUCGAAAAUAGCGACGAGCAGACCUGGGAAGUCGACCCGAAAUGCGAACCAGCCUCGAUUCCAGCAUCCUGCAUCUCAGAAAUGAGCAACCCCAGUCCGCGCGAAGCCCUGGUCCCCUCGCCCGCAAACCUGAUCUCGAGGGGCAUCUUGUCGCGACAUGAAGCAGAAGAACUCUUCCAGAGAUACCACGAGCGCCUCGAUCAUCUUCUCUACCGUAUUCUCGGAGACCAUCAAAGACUAGAAACGGUUUUAUCCAGUUCUCCCCUCCUAACAGCAGCCAUCUGCACUGUCGCUGCGCUGCACUCGCAGACAUUCGGCCAUCUGUUCGACAAGUGCUAUCGUGAAUUCAAGCAGCUGGUGGGAGCAACGACAUUCUCACGAUUCCAUAAUGUAGACGACGUCCGGGGACUCUGUAUCGGCGCAUUCUGGCUGCACGAGCUAUCCUGGUCCUUAGCAGGCACUGCCGUCCGAAUCGCCCUCGAAAUAAAACUAAACCACAGCAUCUACCAAGCGCUGAGAGGCGCUCGCUCCGCAUACAUGCAGACACGCCUCUACUAUCUGGUUUACGUCUGCGACCACCACUGCUCAGUCCUCUACGGGCGCCCACCCAUGUCCCGCGACUGCGACAGCAUAAAAGGCGCAACCCAGUUCCUAGAAACCGAACACGCAACCGAAGACGACGUGCGACUCGUCUCGCAGGUGAAGAUCUGGCUGAUCUCCGCGUCUGUAUUUGAUACCUUCGGCGUGGACGUCGAGACUCCUGUCCCAUCCACGAAACUCGCCCAGCUGCGCCGGUUCUCCAUCGCCCUGGACACCUGGUACGCGGACUGGAGCGAUAGCUUUGGCCCGAAUGCAAGGGUUGGGAAUUACCCAGCCAAGGGCGUCGGGCUGCACUUCCACUUCGCGAAGCUGUAUCUGUGCUCGCAUGCCUUCCGGGGCGCGCAAUCCUCGCCUGAUCCGAAGCGGCGGUUCUCGUCGUCUGAGAUGGAGGAGGUCGCGAACACGGCUGUUCUCUGCGCGGCGUCGAUAUUGGGCGUUAUGACGGCUGAUGCGGAGCUGCAGUCUCUGUUGAAUGGCCUGCCGCUGUGCUUUGAUACGAUGAUUGCGUUUGCGGUUGUCUUUCUGCUCAAGGUUGCCACGGAGUAUACGGAUGCGGUGACCCUGGAUAAAGGGAAGAUGCUCUCGCUUGUGGAUCGGACGAUUGACAUGCUGCAGCGGACGACGAGCGAGAUGCAUAGACAGCACUUGCUUGUGAGGAUUGGGUGUGGAGUGCAGAGGCUGCGUAGCAAGUUUGACGACGGCAGCAAUAAUAAUAACAUAUCUGCUCCUCCUGCACCGGUAUUUGGGACGCCGCAGACUUCGCCUGUGGAUCUGCUCCAGGGAGAUAUCGAGUGGAUGCAGAACAUGAGUGACUUUGACUUGUUUAAUCUCCAGGCACCGCUUUCAGGGCUGGGAGAGUGGCCGCUGGAUGGGGAGUUUGGGCAUGCCUUGUGA